GAACGGUUAUCGCGGCUAAUCGAGUUGGGCUUGGGUUCGCAGCCAGGAGUCGGGCGAGCAGGGCAGCCAGAAAACUCGCUGGGAAAAGCGGAGGCCGCGAACGGCGUCGCAGCUCCACCGAAAAAUGUGUGAUUGCACCAUCGCUCUUUUUUUUCUGUGUUCGAGUGCUAGGCCCGGCCAGUGAGCCAGUCGGGCCCCCGCGGUUUCUAUCACCCCGGAUCCCAGACCCCGGACUCCGGACUCCUGGAGCCGGUGCUCCAUUUAAAGGAUAUUCCAUGCCGAUGCCGUGCUCCGGCCGGAAUAAAUAGCGUCGAGGAGCGGCACUGGAAAGCGGUUGCGGAAUGGAUGCGCGCCGGCAGAAACGACUUGGCCCAGCGCCAAUUGCAUCCUUCGAAAAGUCAUUCGAGGACAAUGCCACGACACACGCUCCGCAGCAGAGCCAGCACCAGCAGGAGCAACAGCAUCAGCAUCCUGGCCAUGCGGCGAUGAUGGAGCAAGGUGUGCGAAACCAGACAACGAUGUCGACGACGACGAACCGCAAUAGAACCGCCGGUGGCAUAGAAGCACCCAGCAUAGCUGCGUCCACAUCCGCGUCCGCAGCACCCGCAGCAUCUGCAGCGUGCGCAUCCACCUCCUCCUCCUCGUCGUCAUCGGUUUCAUCGGCCACUUGCUCGGCCACGAUUGUCCAGGCGAAGCAGCGACCUCCGCCGCUGAAAACGGCGACGACAACGGUGACCACCACUCUGGUGAGCAGCAGCGAGGGCGGUCAGCCCAUCCCACCCGCCGCCCACGGAGGAGGCGGUCCAGGGGGCGGCGGUGCGGGCGGGGCCGCAGGAGGAGGGAGCUACCGCGGUGCCGCCACCCUGACCACGCCCUCAACGCCCCGCAUCGAGCUGAGCCGCGCCUCCAGCUCGUCGCAUCACGAGGAGGACAGCCGGGAGAGCAGUCCGGAAAACGUAUUCGAGCAGGUCGGCACUGGCAUCCUGCAGGAAACGAUUGGCCUUGGCUUCCGCGAGGAUGGCGCCCUCGAGCUGCGCAGCUCCACCGAGGAGCUGUACUUCAUGGACGCCGAGCAGAAGAAGGAGGAGCAGGAGCGGAUCCAGCAGCAGCAGCAGCAGGCCAAGCGCUCGUCGCCGCACAUCUUCAAGUUCGACGACCACCAGAGCUACCUGCAGCAGCACCAGCGCAAGGACUCGGCCAGCUCGGAGGUGGCCGCCCUGCUCUGCAUCUCGGGGCGCACCAGCCGCAUCUCCAGCGUGGGCAGCCAGGGAUCGGCGGUGAGCCGCCUCUCGGCCAUAUCGGGCGUCUCGCGCUCGCCCUCGCCGCACCGCAUGCUGCUGGAGACCUCCUUCUGCGGGCCCAAGCCCGUCGAACUCGGAGCAGGAACCACCGGUGUGGUCGGUGGCAGCGGCGCUGGCGGCAGUGGAGCCUCCACGGCAGCCAGCUCCGCCCACAGCCAGUCGGCGGAGGGAAUGCCCGGCGCUGGCACAGUGGCGGCCAAUGCGGCUCUGCUGGAGCAACUCCUCCUGGCCCGGAAACAUGAUCCCACCCAGGCGGUCCUCGCCGAGGGCAUCAAGGUCCUGCCCCCCGCUCCCACGGCGGCCGCGUCAAGUCGCAGCCGGAGCAGGCAACCAAGCAGUUCGAUGGCCAACGGCGAGAGGAUGGCGGAGAAGGAGCAGAAGAUGAAGCCCACAAUUGGCGCCCAGCGCCGGAGCACCAAGAGCCCGGGUCAAAUGGUCGUGGGCAAGACGGCCAGCGGCACGGAGUACAUCCGCAUUAAUCUGCGCCCGGAUCACAUGUACAGCGACAAGGGCAUCGCCUCCAACGAGCGGGUGGUCGAGGCGCCCAACCAACUGGCCCCGGUCUACUCCAAGCCCGCCUCGCUGAGUCUGCAGGGUGGGCCCAUCGAGGAGCACCGCCUGACCCCCACGGCGAGUCCCAAGCCAGGCCGACGGCUGACCAGUCGUUCGCCCUCGCCCGCAACUGGCGGAGCAGCAGGCGCCGGCGGAGGAACAGUCUCCCGGAAGAGCUCCUUCAGCUCCCUCUUUCGGCUGGGCAAGGACUCGCCGGAUUCGCCCAGGGAAACGGCCCGUUCGCGAAGCAAAAGCAAGGAGCGACCCGCCACCGCCUCGGGAGGAUUGGGCGGAGAACGUGGCGCCGGAGGAGGUGGCGGCUCCCAGAAUGUGACUCCCAGCAAGCAGAAGUCCGUGCUGGCCAUCUUCAAGCCCGGGAAGAGGGGCAGCCAGAGCAGCAAGAGCUCAUCGCCGAUAGAGUCCAGUGUGGAGCCAGUGCCGCCGCCACCACCACCCGCACCCGGAUCGGGAGCUGGGUCCGCCAACCGCAGUCGCACCCCCGCCGGAUCUCGGCCAGGAAGCCGCCUGCGCUACUACGACGAGCCCGUGGAGGGGGUCAUCCAUAUACCGCUGCACACGCCGCCCGAGGAGCGGGAGGCACGCACCCUGCUGCAGGGCAUCCAGCAGCUGACCCAUGCCGCGCAGGCCAGCAUGGACCCCUCGCCACUGCCCACCCACCGCGCUCCACCCCCCGCCUCCGCCCAGCCGGUGGUGGCCUCCAGCACCCAGAUCACGGCCACCCAGCUGGCGGCCGCGGCGGCUGCCCUGCGUCCGGUCGCGCAGAGACGGGUGGCACAGCGACCCGACCUGGAUGCCAUACAAUCGCUGCCCAGCCAGGAGGACCCGCCCGGCAUGGGUGCCUCGGGGGAGGAGCAGGUGCUCCAGUCGACGGAGCAGGCCAACUGGAGCCUGGAGGUGCAGCGACACAGUUCGCAGGACUCGCAGGAGACGACGGCCGAGUCGGUGGGCUCGGUGGUCAGUGCCCGGGCCGCCAAUCUCGCCCAGCAGCGCGAGCAGGCGGCGGCGGCGGCCAUGCAACGCUUGCCCUCGGUGGAGAGCACCCAGAGUGCCUGCGAGCCACGCCUGGUGCACACGGUGGCCACCGUGAAUCCAGCUCCCAAUCCGGAUGCGGAGGCGGCGGCCAAGGAGCGUCGGCGCCUGCUGUUCGCCACUCGCCUCGGUUCCGGCAGCCAGGAGCAGCUCUUCUCCACGCAGUUCAGUAUUUCGAAGACCGAGAGCCAGUCCAGCCAGCUGUCCGAGCAGGUGGAGCACUCGGGCUCCGAGACCACGACGGAGGGAUUGCAGCGCCAGGGAACAGUGAUCCGGAGAGUGGAGGCGACCUCCUCCUCCUCCGCUGGACCUCCGCCGCCGCCGCCUCGGGGGGUCUGCAGCUCGGAGGAGGAGCAGGGGGCCGGUACGGUGGUGAUGCGCUCCAAACACAAAUCGCGGCCCAGCUCGGAGGACGAGGCUGCUCCGGCGAGCGCGGCUCUGGCGGAUGUGCGCCACUCCCGCUACCUGGAGAACUUCGAUGUGCGCCGCAAGCUGCACGAGAACCUAACGGAGGCGGAGAUGGGUCGGGUGGCCGAGUUGCCAGGCGGCCAGGUGCCCAUUCCCAGGAAGCCCAAGCGGCAGAGUGUCCCGGAGUCAAGACGUGAAACCACUAGCUACAGUUCUGGCACUGCCACGCCCACCACUCCCACACCCACCGCAGUGGGUCAAGUGGCUCCAGCCAGGCAGCCACCGAGCUCCGUGACCACUCCCACCAGCUCAGGAGUCGCAGUGAGCACUUCACCCGCCGCCGCCACUGCUCAAGCUUCUUCCUUUGCGGCUGCUCCGGGCAGCGCCUUCAAUGAGCCACCCAGCACUUCCUACCACAGGGAUCCCCCCGGCACGGGCCGCAAGGAGCCACCCAGCACUUCCUUCAGGGAUCAGGGUAUACCCUGCCAUCACGAUCCCGUGGCCUCCAGCACUCCGGAUGCCAUGGCAAUGACCCCCCCGCCCCCGGACCGCCGUCACUCGCAGUCGACGGAUGAGCAUGAGCCCGUCGAGUCCUCGGAGAGCGAACGGGACUCGGACAUGGCCGGCAGCUCCUCGGUGACCACGGCCGUGCCGGCGGGCGGCGAGGCGGGCGGACGGCGGCACCACAACUUUCCGCGCAACGUGUGCGUCAUCGAGGAGCACGAGAGCACUGGCCUGGUGUCCCAGGAGUCCUUCGAGGACGAGCUGCCCUACAUACCCACCACGCUGCCCGAGGAGCGGGCGCAGGGUGUGCCCAUCAUCCCCAUGCGGGAGCGGGCCAACAUGGAGCUCAAGACCUGUCCGGUGGACAGGCCGCGAUCCACCACGCCGCUGAAUCCCUCGCAUCUCGAGGAGUACUGCACGGGGAUAAUGACGCCCCAGGAGGUGACACCGGGUGGUGGUCAUCACGAAAUCGACGGGGCAGGCGGCGGAGGAGGUGUAACUGCGGGAGGAGGCGGCGGCCCUGUCGGCGUAGGGGCUCCAGUGCGUGGCGAGAAGCUGAGAAUCAGUCUGCCCCGCAAGGAGUCCCUCGGCAAGGAGCGCCUCCAGAACUCCAAGUCGCCGCGCCGCGUGUCCAACACCAGUGGCAAGUCCUGGUUCGAGUUCGCCGAGGAGGGUCUGCGGGCCAACAACAACCUGGAGCGCAAGGACUCCGCCAAGCAGCUGCUCCCGGUGGUCACACCACCACCGCCGCAUCCACCGGCGGCUGCUCCCUCGCAUCUGGAGGAGCCGAAGCCGAAGGCCUCCACGCAGCGCAAGCUCUCCGGCCACUGGAUCGACUUCGAGAACAUACCCGAGAAGCGGAAGCCGGCCAAGCGGAUCACCACCUUGCCCAAGGAGACGCUGACCAGCAGUGUGGCCGCCACGGCCACCACCAGCUCCGCCUCCGCCUGCGGCAGUGGCCACCACCGCUCCGGCACUGGAGCCGGCACUGGCCACCACCACCACCACCAGCACCACCAGCAGGCUUCGAAGUCGCACCCGGAUGGGGGCGACAAGCUGCACUACAACUACGUGAAGCCGGAGGACUGCCAGUGCGAGUGCCACGAGGCGGAGCGCGGCGAAUCCUCGACGGCAACGGCCGGCGGCGGGGACACCAGCACGGAGACGGGCACUGGAACGGGCACGGGCACGGGCACGGGCAGCGAGUCCCUGGCCUCCGUGGAGCUGCUGCAGCAGGGCGAGGACAUGUUGCCACUGCUCGAGCCCGACCCCUCGGCGGAGGGCAGGACUUACGCGGACGAGGAGCAGGCGCCUCUGGUCCGCCCCAGUGGCAAGGGCCUCCCCAACCCCCGGGUGACCCAGCUCGACGAGUUCCCGCGCCGGGAGGAGGGCUCCAGUCCCCGCAACCGGCGGUUCCCCGACCGCAAGUAAACGUCUUCUCUUCUCCAGGGUAGCCAAGCCGGUCACUGUCUCCGCGUAAGUCGAGCCACUACUAGGGCCAGCCUCGCCCUGGCCCAUAUCCUUAAUGUACCUCAAGCAGAGUGGUUGUCAUACGCGCAGGAGCCGAGGGACGCCGGGCGCCAGACAUGCUGCGCUCCACCUUCCGACUCGAUUAGCUAAUCCAAGUACACUCUAGAUGGAAUUACUAAGACACAACAUAUUAUGCAUUCGAUACUCGAUACUUCGAUACACAAUUAGCUCAUGGAUGUACAAGGUUAGGGUAAUUUUUUGAUAGCAAUUGCGACACUCACUCCACGUACUGUCCGGCGAUCCUUCCGUCGGACCCGCGGGCGCCGCCCCCGGAAACUCUUCGCCGGCAUUCUUACUGUAUGUGAUCUCAGAUGAGGUGCCCUGCCCACAGGAGGGCGUUUGUUACUAGCUCAGACAAAUCCGGAGCCCAGUGCCCGGACUCCCUAGGCUAGUCUCCAGUCCCGAACCCACUGUGUGUGUGUCCUGGAGAUCCGCGUCUCUCCACGGAACCGCCCGAGCCCUACCCAUGUCUCUGGGAGCCUGUCUGCCCGCGGUCUGCGAACGAGUUGAACGUUUCGGUGGGUCAGGACCCAGGAGUAGCCUGGUGCGGAGCCCCUAGUUGAGUUCGAAGCGUAGUUAGUUAGCCAGCCCCGAUUUUGCCGGGCGUGUUGUACAUACAUAAGUCUAAUCUAGAUUACAGUAUUCGGUACGGAGGGGACUUGACCCCGACUUUUUUUUGCGGCCCACAAACGCCGCCAAGGGGAGCUCCUAAGUGAGUAUAGGCGGGACUAUGAUUAAAGCCACCAAACUGCCAGCACACACACACUUGCCACGAGAGCAGUUCCUCCCUCGUCGCUGGCUCGGGGCAGCCGGCUGGUGACCCCGUGCGGUGACCCCGGUCCUCGGUGUACCCGUACGCGGGACACUUCCCCCACCCACUCAAACCCCUAGCUAGCCUUUGAAAUUCCCAAAUACUUUAUGAACUUAGCGGACAACGGACAUUCAUUGAAUUGAAGCGAAUCAAGCGAAUAAUCUAAAUAACACUAAAGCAACUUAAGGAGAUUAUAGGUAAAUAUACAAUACGUAGCAGCGUUGGCAGGAGAAGGGAGCUGGAACCGGGGACUGUACGAGUUUAUCGGAUACCCUCACGGCCCCAAGUAGGCCCAGUAAGGCCAGGAACGAACCCUUUUGUAUUUUUUUUGGUAGCGGAGGUGGCGAAGCACAAACUGCACUCGAGACCCACGACAUGUAGACGUAGUGACGAACUCAGCAAGAUCUUGACAAGUUGUACAAUAAUGCCCAAUACAUUUGUGCGAGGUAACAGAUAUUCGAGUGCACACAGGUCUAUAGGUAGGUGCAUUUACACAUAAGUUGCGUUCCGGGUUCCGACUCUUGUUCCCUAUACUUUAAAGUCGUUUUCGAAUAAACUUUUUGUAUAACUAGAGAAACCACGAAAAUUGUUGUUAAAAAUGCAUUUACAUACCAAACGAUAGGCGAGUUGCGAGUUUAAUAAGCAAGAGAAGGGAAAAUUGUUACCACAAAUUAUGCAUUCGUACGAAGGGGAAGCCCAGCUGGCUAGCGAAGGAAGUAAAUUAACAAUAUAUAUGUAUGCACUUUCAUUAUUUAACGAUUCCAUAUAGGCGAGCGAUGUACGAGGCAGGCAAGCAUCAAUUGAAACUAUUCAUUAAAGUGACAAAAACUAUUUAAUCCCACUGUGUGCCGUUUUGACUGGGCCUGUUUCGGAUAUCGGG